AUGAGCCUUAACAAAGAAGGACCGAUCAACGACCAUGCUGCACAAAUAGUUCAAUCAUCAACUGAUAUGCAAAUCGAUUUCAUUUUCAUCGGAAUGAUCGCAAUCUUGACCGUCUACCAUCUUCACACAAAACACCGACAAGCUACUGAAAAAGCUCAAGUUGCAACGUCUGCUUCAAACUCGUAUGCAACUUUUCAUCCACUCGACGCGCAUGCAAGGGCGAAUGAUUACGAUUUUAUUCACUCAGCAGCUUUUUGCUCCGUGCAAACCGGUAUCGAAGCGACAAAAGAUGAAAUGGCAAAAGCUCAAUGUUUAAUCGAUCGUGAAAAGACAAAGAUUCGUCCACAGAAAGCUCACUUGCAUUUCAUGAAUGCGCUUCAUAGUCACUCGCUGUCUAACCCACGGUCAUACGGCCAUAUGAUCGAUCAAGCCGAGUCGGUGAGUGAAUCGAUCUCAACCGCCUACUCGUUCGACCCUCGUUCAUACAUGCCAAAGAAGACGACGAGGAGGAGACAGGAAGUGAUG